GCUGUUUUUGAAAAAUGUUUACAAGGGAGUAGUCAUUUCGAAAAUUCGAAAGUUUGAGAGUUGACUGUACCCAUUAUUUUUUGUUGAAUUUUUCUUUAUACAACUCAGUAUAGGAGGAAAUUUCAACUAUCAUUUUUUUUAAACUACUUGUCUUAUCAAAAAAAAUUGAACUUGGAACGGAUAACAUCUUCUUUUCUUGCCCGAUUUAAAAUCAGAUGGAAUUUUAUUAUAAUCAAUAAUAGUUGAAAACAGUUUCUUUUUGUGAAAGCAAAAUCAUCGAGAUAUAUAAAACAAUGAACUUUGCAUCAAUACGAUAUGGAAUUCGAAACAUCAGAAUUUCUGAUAAAUUUCGAGUACUUAAGGCAACUAGUAAUAUAAAUAACGCUAGAAAUUUCUCGCAAGUGCUCCGAAAAAAUGGACCAGUGAUUUUGCUUCGUCACAAAUUUGAAACUUUGAUUCCUCCUUACUCUGUCAUUAUGAGACGCUCUAUUAGUACUCAAGAGGUAACAAAAAAUAUAUAUCUUGUUACCGAGGACAAGAGAAAGAUUGAGACAGAUCCGAAGACUUUGCGCUUAAAUCAAGAUUGCGGAGAUAGACCUUUGGCUAUCAUAUUUUCAUGGUUGAAAUCUAAACCUAAGCAUUUGAUGAAAUAUGCACAUCUUUAUUUGGAUCAAGGUUUUGAUGUUGCUGUAGCUCAAAUUACACCUUGGCAGUUAUUGUGGCCAGUAAAUGGUGCUCAAGAAGUAGCAGGCGAUAUUGUCAAAUUUCUCUUAAAUAACGAGUACUAUCAGAAAAUGGUUAUUCAUGGUUUUAGCGUUGGUGGAUAUUUGUUUGGUGAAUGUCUAGUGCAAAUGAAUAAAGACAUUAAGACAUACCAAAAAGUAGUUGAUCGAUUUGUGGGUCAGAUCUGGGAUAGUGCUGCAGAUAUUACAGAAAUACCUAAAGGCGUUCCAAAAGCUUUGUUUCCCAAGAAUCCCAAGCUUCAAGUGCCCCUUAAAAACUACAUGAAGUAUCACUUACGAACAUUCCAUGAACCAGCAACUCAGCAUUAUAUUCGAUCAAGUCAAAUGUUUCACACAAACUUUGUACAUGCUCCAGCUUUGAUGAUUGUUUCAAAAACUGAUCCAGUUGGUGCUGAAAGCUCUAAUCGCAGAGUAGCUGAUUCAUGGGUAUCAAAUGGAAUUAAAGUUACUUGGAAAUGCUUCGAUCACUCACCACAUGUAAUGCACUUUAUGAAACAUAGAGAAGAGUAUAUGAACGUUUGGUUUAAUCAUCUUGCAUCUGUUAGUUUGGUCAAGUAUCCAGAAAAUAUUCGAGCUAAAUUGUAAACUGUAUUGUUAACUUUAAAGAUAUAUUUUGGAAUGUGAUUAUUUUAAAACUAUAACUUUUUUUUUUCUCUGUACCUAAAUUGAAUUUUAUUAUGGGCAAAUAAACAUUU